AUAGCUGUUAAUGUUAAUAUGCAUAGAAUCUGGAUAUAUUAAAAAAUAUGAAAAUAAUUAAAGUAUGAAGUAAAAUAUGAAAUUAAUUUUAUUAAAAAGAAACAAAAAUUCUCGAAAAUUUAAAAAACAAUAUGGUCACAUAACUAUAUCACAAUCACAAUGAAAACCGUAGGCAUUGUAUAUUUAAAAGAUUAACAGUUUUAUGACUUAAAAAGCUUUAAUUUUAUUAUCUCCGAUAUAAAGGAAUAAAACUGAAAAAUAAACGAGAUGUUAGAAUUAUUUUGUUAAUUAUUCUAUAUACUGAAUAACUUUAUGUCUGUCUUAUUUGUAAGGAAUAUUGCUAAGUAUAUCGUCAGAAAUGUCCAAGUUUCUAUUUAAAUCAAUUAGAUUGUUUUUAAUUAAGAAUAAUAGUAACGUAAAUCAGUAUGUUCAAAAUUUUAGCAAAAGUUGUAUGGAUGAUGCAGAUGGGAAGGAAAAGAAAAGAAAGACUCAAAGGAUUCCCAAAAUUACACUUAUACAUACAGAUAAAUCUAUUUCUGUUAUUUCAUUAGAGGACGCAGAAAAAUUAGCUAAAAGGCGAAAUCUUGGGUUAAUACAUGUAUCAAAUACAUCUAAAAGUGGUAGAAGUGUUUAUGAACUUAAAAAUUCUUCAAAGAUUGGCAAGAUUACAAGCAAUGUAGCAGAAACACAUAAAAAUGAACAGAAGAUAAAGUCUGCUAAGCUAUUUACUAUAAAACAGAAUAUUAUGGAUUAUGAUUUAAAUGUAAAAAUUAGUAAUAUUAACAAAACUUUAAAAAGAAAUUAUAAGGCUAAAAUAUUUUUUUCCCACCCUAAGGGGCUUCAAGAAGAGGUGAUAGAAGAAGUGAAACAAAAGAUACAGGGAAUUAUCUCAGGAACACAGAAGAGAAAAGAUAGUACUAUACUUGUAUAUACUCCUUUAUUAAAAGAUGAAAAUAUUUCUUCAAAGGAAGAUGUUAAUGAUAAGUAAUGUACCGAAAAAGUGGGAAAAUUAAUAAAAACCUUCAUAAUUUUA